AUGGAGACGCCUGGUGGUUCAUCGAACAUUUGCUUUUUGCGCUGGAUGCGCUGGAUCGACAUGAUCAACGGCAUUCAGCUGUUCAACGUUACGCCACUGGCCGGUACGUUCACGCGCAUCUUCUACAUCCUGCAGGCGGUUCAGUUGCUGGUGGCGUACAACUUUGGGAUCGUUUGUUUGCACGCCGCCUCGCUGGAGGAGUUCGCCGUUCAGUUCAACCAGUUCGGAGGGAUUCUGCUCACCUUUUCCCGGCUCAUCAACAUCAAUGUCCACCGAUCCGCGCUCGUAAGGACGGCGCAGUUCAUCAACGAGGCCAAGUUUCACCACCUCAACGAGCGCGCAGACAACAUUCGCACCAGCACUUUGCGUUAUGCGGGCCGCUUUCUGACCGCACUUUUAGGCAUUCAGCUUGUGACGCUCAUUUUCUGGUUCGUGCUGAAUGAACUGCAAUCUCGCAGCCAGGACGUACUACUGCCCUCGCUCGUCCAUUUACCGUUCGACGUCACACGGUGGUCUGCAACGGUUCGGUUUGCCUUUCGGUUGUACUUUUACGCGGCAAACUCCCAGCUCAUGCUGACCUUCUUGGGUAGCUACGUCAUCACGAGCAGUUAUCUGCUCUCACUCACGAUCGAGCUGCGUAUCCUGAAUGGGUCGUACGCCCGCGCGCCUAUGGAUCCUCGAUCUUUAGAUGGGUUCUUGAAGGAUCGCGCCAUCUACAAGGUAGAACUGCUUGAACACAUCGGCACGAUCAAGCGCCAGAUGAACGUGAGUCUGUUGCUUGAGCUUGUGUUCAUCGUGUGUCUGCUGACGAUCAACGGACUGCGGUUACUGACGACGGGCAGUGUGUUUAGUGAGGUCGCGUUGUCCAGCAGCAUGAUCUUGAUCUAUCUGUUGGAGCUGUUCCAGUAUUGCUGGCAGGUGGAUGAGAUGGAACUGUUGCACGAGCAUCAGACACAUGACGUUUACUCGACGCCUUGGUACAACGAUCGAGUUGUACGCCAAAAAAAGACACAACUUUUGCUCACGAUCCAGAUGGCACAAGUGCCUCUGAGAUUUAUGAGCGGUGGAAUGUAUCGCUUAUCGGUCGCUUUGUUUGUGAGUGUGGUGCAGUUCAUAUACUCGCUGGUUAUGCUGCUGUUGCAGUUUAAGUCAUAG